AUGAAGCGCGGUGCAGACAAGCAGCUGUCCAAGGACGAUGCGGACGACGACGUCGAGGAGAUUGACACGCCCGCUCAGGGUCUGCAGAAAGCCGACGAAGCGGCCUUGUCCCAACGAAAGAUCAGAGGAUUGCCUAAACGCUCAUCGCAAAGUCCGGCACCCACACUAUUUCCCGCCGUGUCUUCUUCCACCAGUCCCUUUGCUGCGACCUUCAAAUUGGGCUCCUCCACAGGCCCCACAGGCUCCUCACAACCCUCCCCCUUUUUACCUUUGUUGGCACCUGUGGCAUCUUCAGCAUCCAACGCCACGAAGGCUUUCGCUUCCUUCAUCAACCCAGCCGCUUCCACCAUCAACACCACCACCACUACUGCCGCUAAGUCUGCUGAUCCAACACCCUUAUCCGACUCCGACUCUACUGCAGCCACGGAUGAUGCAGCCUUGAAAUACUACACUUCCCUUCGUGGCCUGAAUACCUCCUUCCUAUCCACCGUCUCGAAGGCCGUCGAGUCUGAUCCCUUCUUGGACAUUGCAGAUGUGCUUGAGCAGUAUAAGAAACACAGAAUAUCCGUGCAGCGGGAAUAUGACGACAAAUCCACCCGUGAGUCUGCUUCUCCUGCCGUCAAUGGAUCGUCGGUGUCUGCGGUCCCACCUGCCGUGCCAUCUUCUUCGUUCGCCUUUGGCACGAGCUCUGCGCCCAGCGCUGCACUCAAACCCCCUACUAUGCCUGCUCCACCGACCACCUUUGCCGGUUUCCGCCCCGCAGCUGCAUCUUCGUCUUCUACUUCCUUCGGUGGCAAUUUCUCAGUUGGGCCGGACAUUGCAGCUGCCAAUGGCAGUCAAUCGUCCAGCUUCAAAUUCCCAUCCACGUCAUCCGCUCCAACACAAUCCGAGACGUUAUCUGCGUCUUCAGCAGCUCCCCCAAAACCUUCCUUCUCGUUUGACACCCCCCCUUCCGAUAGCGCUUCGACGCUGAAAAGCAACCCCUUUGCUUUACCAGCAAAAGACGCCGCGCCCUCGCUACCAUUCUCCCUCAGUGGCUCUUCCAGCAGCGGUGGUACCUCUCUCUUCGGCCUGAACUCCGCUUCUCCAAACACGUCCAGCCUAUUCGGUAGGAUCAGCAGCGCCGCAGACAAGCCUAAGCAUGACGAUGGCAAUGACGACAACGAUAAGCCCGCUCCAUCGCCCUUCGGCACAUCGACCCCCGUGAAGUCUGCCUCCUCCUCGAGCUCCUUCGGAUCACCCACCAACCCAUUCGUCUUUGGCGGCGGCGGCAGCGGGAGCAUCGGCAACCCCGUCGGCUUCGGUUUCGGCUCCCCCACGGGCAGCGGCGCCGAGCAGUCUAAAUCGGGCUCCAUCGGGUUCUCGUUCGCCGCGCCGCCGGCCAAAGCCGAGUCGUCGACCGACGUGUCGCGCGACGGCACUCCCUUAUCAGAGGAAGGACAAUAUGAUAAAGAGGGCGAGGGUGAGGAGGAAGAGGAGACGACUCAUGCGGUCAAGGCGAGUGCAUAUAAAAUGGUAGAGACCGCCAGUGGGGUUAAGACGUGGAAAAGCAUGGGUCCAGGCAUGUUACGGUUAAAAAAACACACGACAACAGAUGCUCGUCGCGUGCUCCAUCGAACAAGCGCCAUGGGCAAGGUCACGAUCAACUUCCGCAUCUACAAACAGAUGCAUCCGACGCUUUCACAAAGGAGCGUCUUCUUCACAGGAUUUGACGACGAAAAACACGGGACGACGUAUCAACUACGCCUCCGCACCGAAGACGAUGCCGCCGCUCUCCUGAGUGCCCUAGAACGAGAGAUCGCGUUCGUCAAAAGCUCAGAAUGA